AUGUCUCCUGGGGGCAGUCACGAGACAAGUGGCCAACCUCGCCGCCUAAACAAAGUCAGUGACAGUCAUCUUUUGCCAGCCGUAUCCACUUACAGUUGUAGCACUUCUGGCCCUGGGUGCAGUCACGGCUCAUGUGACCGAAACCACCGCACGAGUAGCAGGUGGUCUGGCGAGCACCACCGUAGCCACCGGCACCGCCGCCGUAGCCACCACGACCUCCUCCAAAGCCACCGUUGCCGUAGCCGCCUCCCUGGGAGCAGUUGCGGGCAAUGUGACCGACCUGGCCGCACUUGUAGCACUCCUGGCUGCCGCCACCACGGCCUCCCAUUGGGGCACCGCCGUCCUUGGUGCACUCACGAGAGAUGUGUCCAGUGCCGCCACAGCGGUAGCAGGUCUUCUCAGCCUGAGGAGAGCUGCACUCACGGCUAA